AUGAUACAGUUGAAAAAAUCGUUUGGAGACCAAACUUUGAGUCGCACAGCUGUUUUUGAGUGGCACAGACGCUUUAAGGAGGGGCGCGAGUCAACAUCCGACGACGCGAGGCCGGCACUUGUGGCGAAAAAGCGCGAAAUGGUAAAGUCGAUGAUUGAUAGGGACCGACGAGUGUCUACACGGGAAGUGGCCGAGGAAUGUGACAUUGGAGUAGCAACAGCGUAUAAGUUAAUUACUGAAGAGUUUAAGAUGACAAAGGUGUGCGCACGUUGGAUACCAAGGCUGUUGGAUGACAAUCAGAUGAAGGAUAGGGUGAAUAAAUCAUUGAACUUUUUGAGGUCCUAUCGACGUGAAGGGGAAAGAUUCCUUCAAAGAAUAAUCACAACGGAUGAAACGUCGUUUCAUCUGUUCGACCCAGAGACUAAACAGCAAAGUAUGGUCUGGAAAACAUCGUCUUCACCACCACCAAAGAAGGCCCGGGUGACGAAAUCGAAAGGAAAAUUCAUGUUCAUCGUAUUUAUGGACAACAACGGUGUAAUCUUGACACGUGCUGUCCCGGCGGGCGUUACCGUAAAUGCAGCGUAUUAUUCAAAGCAUGGUGCUGAUGAUGAUAGUCACGAUGAUGCGACGACAACGGCAAUGAUGAUUUAA